AUGUCACCCCUGCUGUUGAUCCUGAACAGGAAGACCUGGACAACUUUAGGGAGGCUGCUUUUCCUCUUUUUAAUAAUCUCCAACCAUGAGAUAACAUGCUCAAUGCUUGAAAGUUUGAUAGCAAAGCGGACAGACUACUGGGAGGGCUGCAAUAGAACACUAACAUCAAGCGAACGGCCAAAAACUGGAAUCCACUGUAAAGGAACUUUUGACACAUUUGUGUGUUGGCCCCAUUCACCUCCCGGGAACGUGUCCGUCCCCUGUCCUCCUUACUUACCAUGGAUCAGCAUGGCUGCAGACACCUCGAGGAUGGCACACAGAGAAUGCUUGGAAAAUGGUAGAUGGCGUAAGAAGGAAAAUUCCUCAGAGCCCUGGAGGGAUGACUCCGAAUGUCAGGGGGACCAUUUUUUUAAAGACAAGGAAGAGCAAAUGCUUCGGCAGACAGCCCUCCGGGUCGUUUCUAUCAUUGGCUAUUCAUUAUCCCUGGCUUCCCUCAUGUUAGCGACGCUCCUCAUGGGCAUGUUGAGGAAGCUCCAUUGUACCAGGAACUACAUUCACAUGAAUCUGUUUGUCUCAUUCAUCCUGAGAGCUGUUGCCGUCAUUUCUAAGGAAAUCGUAUUAUACAUCAUGUAUUCCAACCUACCCAAGGAUGACCCUGGAUGGAACUCAUAUUCAAGUUCUCCGAUAGCUCUGAUGUGCAAAUUCUCAAAAGUGGCCAUGGAGUAUUUUGUGGCCUGUAACUAUUUCUGGCUUUUGGUGGAAGCUAUUUUCCUCCACACAUUGCUCUUCACCGCUGUGUUGACCAAGCGACGCCUAUUGAAGAAUUACAUGCUGUUAGGCUGGGGAAUGCCUGUCUUCUUUGUGACACCAUGGACAGUUGUUAAGAUUUUAUAUGAAAACACAGAGUGCUGGUCAAUUGUGAACAGAUGGUUCUGGUGGAUAAUAAAGGGCCCGAUCACUUUGUCAGUGCUGAUAAUUUUCUUCAUAUUCAUCAAGAUACUGCUGCUGCUGCUGUCCAAGCUUAAAGUGGAUCAGGUGAAAUUUACUGACUACAGAUACAGUUUAGCCAGGGCAACACUGGUUUUGAUUCCUCUGCUUGGAAUCCAUGAAGUGGUCUUCACUGUGCUCGUCGAUGAAUGUAUGGAGGGAAGCAGUCGCUAUGCACGGGACUUCAUUAAUCUCACCAUCAGCUCUUUUCAGGGAUUCUUGGUUGGAGUGUUGUAUUGCUUCGCUAAUGGAGAGGUACAAGCUGAGCUGAAGAAGCGCUGGCAGAUUUUCUUGUUCAACCACAACUUCCAGUUCAGUUGCUGUUUUCAGGACACGUCACUCACGCACCUGUGGAAGUGCACAAGAAGGCAUCGCGCACAGUGCAAGCAAAUAAACUCCUGUGAUGAGGGAGCGUCUUCAGCUUUCACUGUGCACCCACACCUGCUCCAGGUGGCUCUCCAAGGACGUGGUGGACUCCAUGGACAGAAAGAGGACAAAGGUCAGGGGGUAAAAGGAUGUGACGCAGCAGGUCUUGAUUUUCUGACCAGGAAGAGUCUAUCCAGUAGUGACGGGGAAAUAACCCUUGGAGAGACUAUGGAGGAGAUUCUAGAGGAGAGCGAGUUUUGA